GUGGCACCGCUAGCAAGGGGCGGAAGUAGCCUCGCGGGUCUCCUGAGUCCUGGCUGACUCGUAUCUCUCGGUGUUCCCCAGUCCGCUGUCACUGUCACUCCUCUCACCGCCCACACAGCUGCAUGUCACGGCGCCGUCUCCGUGCUUCUGCUCAGCGGACCUCCUCGUGCAGCUGAGGGGCGCAGCAUGAGAGCAGGCCUGCGUGCCGUGUGACUCAGCGCUCCGUCGCCAUGGAGAAGCCCUGGAGGCUGUGGGCGGGAAUAGCGCGUUGUGCCCUGACUCUGGCGUCCUGGUCCUGGAGUGCUUGUCGAGUCUCCCUGUUGGCCCUCAUCCUCACCUUCCACCUGUAUGGGGGAUUUGUUCUCCUCGCACUUAUCCUCGCCUCUGUGGCAGGCAUUCUCUACAAAUUUCAGGAUGUGCUCCUCUACUUCCCGGACCAGCCCCCCUCCUCUCGCCUUUAUGUUCCCAUGCCGACAGGAAUCCCUCAUGAGAAUGUGUACAUUCGCACCAAGGACGGCGUGAAGCUCAACCUCAUCCUGCUUCGCUACACAGGUGGUGACGCGCCUCCCGGAGUCAACCCCGGCAGUCAAAGCAGCCCCACUUCCUCUGCUCCGCCGACCAUCCUUUAUUUCCAUGGCAAUGCGGGUAACAUUGGUCACAGGGUGCCGAACGCGCUGCUUAUGCUGGUCAAUCUGAAAGCCAAUGUGGUGCUGGUGGACUACCGUGGCUAUGGAAAGAGCGAGGGUGAGCCCAGUGAGGACGGGUUGUACCUGGAUGCCGAGGCCACGCUGGACUACGUCAUGACCCGUCCUGAUCUGGACAAGACGAAGGUGGUUCUAUUCGGCCGCUCUUUGGGGGGUGCCGUGGCCGUGCGCUUGGCGUCGGUCAACCCUCACCGCGUAGCAGCCAUUAUUGUCGAGAACACUUUCCUCAGUAUCCCCCACAUGGCCGCGACGCUCUUCUCCGUCCUGCCCAUGCGCCUGCUGCCCUCGUGGUGCUACAGGAAUAAGUUCCUGACCUAUCGACAGGUGGCGCUGUGCCGCAUGUCCUCUCUGUUUGUGUCCGGCCUGUCGGACCAGCUCAUCCCGCCGGUCAUGAUGAAACAACUGUACGAGCUGUCUCCCGCGCGGACUAAACGUCUGGCCAUCUUUCCAGAGGGCACGCACAACGACACGUGGCAGUGUCAGGGCUACUUUGCUGCUUUGGAGCAGUUCAUGAAAGACCUGCUGCAGAGCCACGCCCACGAGGAGAGCGCUCAGCCCUCAUCGAGCGUCACCAUCAUCUGAGAGGAACAGCCGGGGACUGACUCCAGAUUACGAGCUGGAGGAAUUGACGGCUGUCGAAGGCUUGAUUUUAUGGACUUAAUUCAUUUUUUGGAAAGAAUGUACUUUUUCUUUUAAUGCUUUUGUCUGGGUUUCUAUUUUAUUUCACUCUUUCUACAUUUUCCCUUUCUGCAAAAUGUAAUAUUUGUUGACACGAUUGACUCGUUCAAGGUUUUAAACGAGGGUAACAAUUCCCUCAGGCCGUCUUCUCUGUUCCAGCUGUGAAUGUGUAUGUGUGACCUGAAACGAAUGAAGCCAGAGCACACGCCCACACUGCAGGACAUGUGACCACCGCAGAGACUUGCUGUGAGGGGUCUGAUGGAAGGAGUUACUGAGACACGUGCUCAUCGUCUAAAGACCAAUGACCCGACAACAUUUCAGAGCAAACUGAUUGUGACUAAAUACACUUCUUCUGGUCACCAAAAUGAGACACUGAAGAUAUGUUGACCUAAGCUGUAUAUAUCUUUGUUUAUACAUAAUUGCACUUUCUUUUUCUGAUUUAGCCGAGUAGGCUAACGUCUUCUGAGCGGUCCUUUGAGGGGCAUUCAGAUGUUUGUUUUCUCUCAAACUGGUGAGGAUCAUCAUCGCAGCAGCUUGGCAUGACGUUGUAGUGAUGACUAUUUAUAUAUAUAUAUAUUGAUAAGCUACAAGAUAUUCUCCCUGUUUCUGGGUCCCGUUAAAAUACAUCGAGCCCAUUUUCUACUGUUGACGACUCGAGUUGCUCCCGAUGCCUUUGGGUCCUGUCGGCGCGUUUCCUGUGUGGUGGUGUUAAUAAACGGUGGGUGCAGAUCUAUUCAAGUCUAUCGUAGUGCAACAGCACAUGCCCAUGUGUACACCGACAUGUUACUGUCCGCUGUAACUAUCCUCACUGAGGGUGAAGAUAGGUUUAUAAUGUCAAAUGCAAAAGUAAAAACCAGUCGAGCGGAGAAUAAAAUGAGGCUUCAACAGUCUCAGAGGAAUCUAGGAGGUCAUUUUCAAAGUAAAGUCUGGAGUAGGAAAUGCUCAUCGCCCUAGAUCACAACAGUCUGGUUAAUAAUAUAAAACAUAUUGUAGAGGAAAGGAACAUUUAAUCUCACUGACUUAUCUGUGCCCUGUCUCUGACACUCUUAUAUGACCUGCAUUGGAUUUAUUGAUGUCCAGUAGAGACUUUAAACAGGGUUAAAACAUUCUGUGAAUUUUAAAAGUUGAAACUCCUCGUGAGAUUUAGCAGGAACUUGAAUCAUCUGGGAUUUCAUUUACCAUGUCAUAGGUGCAAAACCUUUUACCACAUCAUAUAUGCAGAUGUAAUCCAUCAAUAAGAAACAUUGGUAUUCUGAUAAAAGAACUGUACAUAUGACCUUUAACCAAAACAUGCCAUAAGACCCAGCAGGACACACUGAGCCUUUGCCUCCACAGGCGGAACGAUGAUAGCGACCAAUUACUAUCAGUAUAUAUAUAUAGAUAUAUAUGUGAGUAUUGUAUUCAGAUAGUCUUGAAACAAAAAUGAACAUAUUCUUUAGAGACUUGAGAAAUAAUGUGAGUAUGUUUGAUCAAAUGUAAUUGUUUAUUUGCUGUUGUCGGCAUCAUGAUCCUUUAUUGGAAGGUGUUCUGUUCUCGUCUCCCCCCUGAGAUGAUUUGGCAAACGGGCCGUUAACGAGCCGGUUAACGGUUCCUCGUGUCUUCCAGGGAGGAGAGGGGCGCCUGAAGCCGUGUGUCCUCUGCUGUCCUCCUGCAACUCGCCGCACUGCAGUGGCGUUCACGUCUGAUCGUGUUUCUAAAACGUGAGCUAGACUAUAUCCAAAAACCAGUCAAACACUUAAUUCGUCUCAAAUUAAAACACGGUCAAAAGGCUCCUGUGAAUGUAAACGGUGUUAAAUGAACGUGUGCUUUACAAGAAGCAAGGUAUCGGUGGUCUUCUCUUUGCUGUGUGACCUUUGCCUCCUGUGGGACAGAACAAUGUCACACAUUUGUGUUUUCAUCAAAUCCAUAAACUGAGUUAGAUUCGUCCCACCUUAUGUGCGAGCACAAGGUGAGAUCUGAAUGCAGCCCCACCAGGACGCGCUCCUGAAGCUCCGCCCACACUGCUGUUGCUCUGCAUUCAAGAACAAACCCAUCAUUCACUUGAUUCAUGUUCUGGUGGCUGGCCUCAAGUUUAAUGAAUGAAACCUAGAAUCUGGUGUUUUUGUCCUCGCCACAUGUGAUGGAAUCCAACUGAAUGUCUUUUCUUUUUUCUUUUUUUUAUAAAGAAAAUCAUUUGCCAGGUAUUUUGCAAAUGCACUGUAGGACAUAUUAUAUAUGUCCAUAUGAUUGUUGAUAGAGUCAAAUGAAUGCCGUUGAAUGUGUUGGCAUACUUUUGAAUUCGCCUUUGCAAGCUGGCAUGUGAUCAUGUGGAGUCCGCAUGGUGGACAGUGUUGACAAUAUGUGUGUACGCCUGCCACGACGCACACACACCGGGACGCGUGGAGCUCGUCUUUAUCUUCAGUUUGAGGGAUCUUUCCAUUUCACUCAUGUUUUUUUUUUUUUCUAUUUCAAAACUGUGUCGACUUCUUUUGUAAGCACACAUUUUCACUUUCUACUUUAUGUACUGUAACAUGCAAUACAUUGAUACAUUAAAAUUGCUUCUCCGGCUAGAUUGCU